AUGAAACCGGGAAACCACACCAGUGUCUCUGAAUUCCUCCUCCUGGGCCUCUCUGAGCAGCAGGAACAGCAGCCUCUCCUCUUUGGCAUCUUCCUGGCAAUGUUCUUGGUCACCGUGGUGGGGAAUAUUCUGAUCAUCUUGGCCAUUGGCUCUGAUCCACACCUCUACACCCCCAUGUACUUCUUCCUGGCCAACUUCUCCCUCACUGACCUGUGCUUAUCAUCUACCACGGUCCCCAGGAUGCUGGUGAACAUCCAGGCUCACAGGUGUGCCAUCCCCUAUGCUGAAUGCCUGUCCCAGAUCUAUUUCUUUCUGUGGUUCAUUGGUGUCGAUGUUUUCCUCCUGGCGGUGAUGGCAUAUGACCGGUUUGUGGCCAUCUGCCAUCCCCUUCACUACACCUUGGUUAUGAGUCCCAGAUGCUGCGUCCUGCUGGUGGUCAUGUCCCUAGUCCUUGCACAUUCAUACUCUCUAACCCACACCAUUCUCCUGGCUCAGUUAUCCUUCUGUACUGACAACAUCAUCCCCCACUUCUUUUGUGAACUUCUCCCCCUGUUGAAGCUCUCUUGUUCCAGUACUUUUGCCAACCAGUGUGUGCUGAUGUACUGGGGAGGGGCAUUAACCAUCUUGAUCCCCUUGCUAAUCAUCAUUUCAUAUGUCCGCAUUGUGGCUGCCAUCGUGCAAGUCCCAUCAGCAAGUGGGAAGUGGAAGGCUUUCUCCACCUGCGGCUCCCACCUCUCAGCGGUCUGCUUGUUCUAUGUGUCUUCCAUUGGGGUGUACUUCAUCCCCUCUACUGCUGAUUCAGCCAGCAGAGACAGGGUUGCAUCUGUGAUGUACGCUGUGGUGACUCCCAUGCUGAACCCCUUCAUCUACAGCCUGAGAAACAGAGACAUGAAGAGGGCUUUGGGGAGACUCCUGAGCAGGAGGGCACUGCAAUCUCCAUGA